AUUCGGCAAACUACCAAAACCAAUAGAGCUACAGCAAAGCAGCCAGCGAAAUAAUGGUCAAACAUAAGUUUGUACUUUUCUUAUUGUUAUGGAUGUUUCUAGUUAAGGUUGCACUUGGGAAGAUUACUUUCUUCAUACACGUAAACAAUGUGAAAAGUACAGGAAAUAAACUCCAUGGCGGUGGGUGUUGUCAGGGUGUAACAGGUACUCACUGUACCACGUUAUGUAAGCCUGUCCUCACUGUGUGUCUCAAAGACAACACCCAUACCUGUGUCUCUAGUUUUACCACAACCUUGGACAUGCGUCAACAGUCUGUCACAUACGGUUCUAAAGUUGGCAACACCACAAAUCCACAGUUUUUGGAAGUGGACAACUGGAAAAAUUUCUAUGACAAGAUAGCAGUGACAGUGCAAGAUAUGGGACCUUCUUCUACAGCACUCAUCUACCAGACCGAAUUUACUAAUGCCCGUCUUAGAAUUGGAAACAACAUUCUGUCACAGAACUGGCAGCAAAAAAAAUUAGCAGCUAAUGUUUUCUCAUUACAGUUAACUUACAAAGCGUACUUUUCUGAGGGUUACUAUGGAUCUGACUGCACCGCUCACUGUCCUUGUAAUCCAAACAAGUGUGUGAUCAACGGGCAUACCUAUUGUAAAAUGGGUUGGCGUGGCACCAACUGUAACCAAGACGUUAACGAAUGUUCUACACACAAUUUCUGCAGUCAUGGUCACUGUACAAACACUAAUGGUAGUUUUCACUGUACCUGUCUUCCCUCCGUGUAUGGUCUGAAGUGUCAACUUGAUGAGGAUGAAUGUUUACUGAAGCCAUGUAAUGGUGGAGAGUGCGUUAAUAAAGUCGGAAGUUACCAGUGUCAGUGUAAGACCGGAACUACUGGUAAAAACUGUGAAGCUUUAACGGCGCAUGAAUGCUCAACGACCACCUGCAAUAGGCAUGGAACGUGUAGUGUCCAAUAUCAUAAGACAUUGUGUACGUGUGAUACAGGCUACUCAGGGACUGACUGUUCCGUCAGAGACUUCUGUAGAAACAAUAAAUGUCAGCAUAGUUCUACUUGUGUUACCGGUGAAACAAACUAUACCUGUCACUGUCAGAAAGGUUAUACGGGUCAAUAUUGUGAAGCUCGGGAUUACUGCGCCAGUCAACCUUGUCUUAACUCGGGAGUUUGUACGAACACCCCGACAGGAUACCAGUGCAAAUGUGUUCAUUAUUUUACUGGGAUAACAUGCAAUACGUGUAACUAUUGUGAAGGAAUUAAUUGCAGUGGUAAUGGGGUUUGUCACGUGGUUGGGAAGGGUCGUCAUUGUUCUUGUAACCCAGGGUAUACAGGUGCCGACUGUGAAAACCGUGACUACUGCUAUAACAAGAACUGCUCAAACCAUGGAAAUUGUAACAACGGAAACAAUGAGUUCACGUGUACCUGUAGUGGCGGAUACACCGGUAAAGACUGCGACGCGCGGGAUUAUUGCUACAACAAAAACUGUUCUCACCGCGGUACUUGUCGUAACGAAAAUACAACAUAUACAUGUAACUGUACCGCUGGAUUCGCGGGUACAAACUGUGAAAAAAUAGAUUAUUGUAACAACCAGCACUGUUCUAACCACGGUACUUGUCGUAACGGAAAUGCCACAUAUACAUGUAUCUGUAAUGCUGGGUACAUGGGGCGAAACUGUGAAAAAAUAGGUCAUUGUAAUAAUUUAUUUUGUUCUAACCAUGGCACUUGUCGUAAAGAAAAUACAACAUCUACAUGUAAUUGUAACCCUGGAUUCAUCGGUACUAACUGUGAAAAAGUAGAUUAUUGUUACAACCAGCGUUGUUCUAACCACGGUACUUGUCAUAACGAAAAUACAACAUAUGCAUGCAAUUGUAACCCUGGAUUCAUCGGUACUAACUGUGAAAAAGUAGAUUAUUGUAACAACCAGCGCUGUUCUAACCACGGUACUUGUCACAACGAAAAUACAACAUAUACCUGUAACUGUACCGAUGGAUUCGCGGGUACUAACUGUGAAAAAGUAGAUUAUUGUAACAAUCAGCGCUGUUCUAACCACGGUACUUGUCAUAACGAAAAUACAACAUAUACAUGUAGCUGUACCGAUGGAUUCGCGGGUACUAACUGUGAAAAAGUAGAUUAUUGUAAGAACCAGCGCUGUUCUAACCACGGUACUUGUCAUAACGGAAAUGCAACAUAUACAUGUAACUGCACCGCUGGAUUCAUCGGUACAAACUGUGAAAAAAUAGAUUAUUGUAACAACCAGCACUGUUCUAACCACGGUACUUGUCGUAACGGAAAUACAACAUAUACUUGCAUCUGUAAUGCUGGGUACAUGGGGCGAAACUGUGAAAAAAUAGGUCAUUGUAAUAAUUCAUUUUGUUCUAACCAUGGCACUUGUCGUAAAGAAAAUACAACAUAUACAUGUACAUGUUACGUUGGCCACAUUGGUAGAAAAUGUGAAAAAGUAGAUUAUUGUAACAACCAGCACUGUUCUAACCACGGUACUUGUCAUAACGGAAAAACUACAUAUACCUGUAACUGUACCGAUGGAUUCAUCGGUACAAACUGUGAAAAAGUAGAUUAUUGUAACAAUCAGCGCUGUUCUAACCACGGUACUUGUCAUAACGGAAAUAACGGACAUACAUGUAACUGUACUGCUGGAUACACGGGUACUAACUGUGAAAAAAUAGAUUAUUGUAACAACCAGCGCUGUUCUAAUCACGGUACUUGUAAUGGAAAUACAGCCUACACAUGUAAUUGUAACUCCGGAUUCACCGGUACAAACUGCGACAAAAUAGAUUAUUGUAAGAACCAGCGCUGUUCUAACCACGGUACUUGUCAUAACGGAAAUAACGGAUAUACAUGUAACUGUACCGCUGGGUACACCGGUACAAACUGCGAACAUUGCUUCAAUAACAGAUCUAAGAAUGGGGGUAGUUGUCACAAUGGAGUGUCAAACUAUACGUGUUCGCACAAUGUGAUUGCUCUGAUAUCUUUUGCAAUUCACAUUUGGUGGAAAUUUUAUUUUUGAUAUGUCAUCUAUUUACUGUAUACUUUAUGUGGCUUUCAAUUCUGUGCAAAUAUAUAUUAAUCUUUGGUAAUUUUGGGAGAUACAUAUAAGCAUAUUGAAACGCCAUUUGCAUUAUCUAACUAGCUGUUGGUCUGAUCCCCUAUCAAGCUUUGAAUAUAUUUUCUUUUUCUAUUUUUGUCAUUUUCGAUAACAUUUUUCAUAUUUAUAUUGGUGUUCAUUCAAUUGAUAUUUAGUCAGAAAAAAACAGAGCUACAUUCAGAUAUUGCAGCAUGAAGAAGCAAAGACAAUUAUAUAAAUAAUUGUAUUUUUGUGUUGAAUGUUGUUUUGUGAAAAUACAAGUACGUAAUUAUACCAAGUUAUUUGUUUUAUGACUAUUGAUUUUUUGUUUGCCUUAUGUGCCUGUCAUGGAUAUUCUUCCAGCUGGCUUUGCACGUGGUAGGUGUUGUGUUAUGCAAUUCCCUCAUUCGUAAGUCGCUGCAGCUUCCCUGUAGACGGUAACACAAUUCCAAAAUGUUCUAGGGUCGACUCUUUCCUCUUCAGCCAUUGCAAAUCCUCGUCAUGGUCAAAGAAUUGAUGUUGUCGGUACCUGACCAGUUAGUGCUUGGUCAUUUUUACUCAACCUACGCUAGUGAUGGCGGCGAAAAUCAUGGCACAACCACCUCCUCCUUCUUACCUUACUUGCAUUUAUACUUGUAUGUAUUAAUGUGAUUUGAUUUUUUUUUAUGCUCGUUUUUAUCUUUUUGCUUUAUACUUUGCGCAUUUUGUAUUUUUGUAUAUAUUCUAGAUUGUAAUUUUAAGGCAUCAGCAUAUGGAAAUACUACUUUGUAUAUGACCACCUGAUCCCCAAUCAUGUUUUUGUAUAUUUUUCAUUAUUUAGAAUAAAUGACAUUUUUCAUCUCUA